UGUGAUUCGCCUGAGUGGGAGGGGCGGAGCACGGAGGCUGGAUGAGUUUGGGUCGCGCGACUACUGCUAGUGCACUUCGCGGGCCGCUCAGACGCUCGAAAGCAGCCUACACAUUCUACGCCUAGACAGUCGGAGAUCAAGCGCCGUCGCGAUGGGAUAUUUGCACAUUUUGGCAUUAUGCUUGCUUGUGCCUCAGUUUAAUGCUGUGGAACUCAGUGGAAUGUAUGGCUCAAUCCAGUCUCCCAAUUUCCCAGAUUCUUACCCUAGAGAUUCUGACAUCUCCUGGAAUAUAUCUGUCCCAGAUGGAUUUAAAAUCAAGUUGUACUUCAUGCAUUUUGAUUUAGAGCCAUCUUACCUCUGUGAAUAUGAUUACGUGAAGAUUGAAGCAGAACAGGAACUGCUGGCUAGAUUUUGUGGCCGAGAAGACACAGACACCGAACAAGUCCCUGGAGAGCAAGCCAUUGUAUCACCCAAAAGCAGUCUGGCAAUAACAUUUAAAUCUGAUUUCUCUAAUGAAGAGCGUUUUACUGGAUUUGAGGCCCAUUUUACAGCUAUAGAUGUUGAUGAAUGCAAAGAAAGAAAUGAUGAAGAACUGGCCUGUGAUCACUACUGCCACAAUUAUAUCGGAGGUUACUACUGCUCGUGUAGGUUUGGCUAUCUGCUGCACUCUGACAACAGGACUUGUCGAGUGGAAUGCAGUGACAACAUAUUCAUUGAACAGAGUGGCAUCAUCACCAGUUCAGACUUUCCUAACCCUUACCCCAAAAGCUCAGACUGCCUAUACAGGAUUGAACUGGAAGAAGGAUUUAUUAUAAACCUGGAGUUUGAUGACAGUUUUGAUAUUGAGGACCACCCAGAAGUAACCUGUCCUUAUGAUUAUUUAAAGAUAAAGGCUGGCCAGAAGGAGUUUGGUCCUUUUUGUGGAGAUCAGUCACCUGGAAAGAUUGAGACGGGGAGUAAUAGGGUACAGAUUCUAUUCCACAGUGAUAACUCAGGAGACAAUGGGGGAUGGAAGUUGACAUACUCAGCAGUGGGCACACCAUGUCCAGUCCCAAAGCCACCUGAAAAUGGAAAAAUUGUUCCUGCAUUGAAUAAGUACUCCUUUAAAGAUCAAGUCCUCAUUACAUGUGAUCCUGGCUUUAAGAUUCUCAAGGAUGAUACAGAGGUUGACAAAUUCCAGAUAGGAUGUCUAAAAGAUGGUUCUUGGAGCAGCAAUGUCCCAAUCUGUAAAAUUGUGGACUGUAAAGAAGCACCAGAUCUGCAGUUUGGGUCUGUCAUCUAUAACAGCCUUUCCAACCUCACAACAUACAGAUCAACUGUUCACUAUUCCUGUCAGAUGCCUCGCUAUCAGAUGUACCCUGCUAUUAAUGGUACAUAUAUAUGUGGAGAAAAAGGAUUUUGGAUUAAUGAUGAACUAGGAGCAAAGCUGCCUUCCUGCUUGCCAGUGUGUGGUCAGCCAGCUCGUCAGCUACCAGGGCUCCUGAAAAGAAUUGUUGGUGGGCGAACUGCAGAGCCAGGCUUCUUUCCCUGGCAGGCUCUCAUCAUGGUGGAAGAUGUCUCCAGAGUCCCUGAGGGCAAGUGGUUUGGCAGUGGAGCUCUUCUGUCUGACUCCUGGGUACUGACUGCAGCCCAUGUUCUGCGUUCUCCCCGGAGGGACAACACAGUUAUCCCUGUGUCAGAGGAACAUGUGACUAUUUAUUUAGGCCUGCAUGACGUUCGCAACAAGACUGAUGCGAUCAAUCGUACUGCUGAGAAAAUUGUUCUCCACGAGAGAUUUGACCCAAAGAACUAUAAUAAUGACAUUGCUUUGGUGAAACUCAAGAACAAGGUUAAAAUGAGUCAAUUUAUAAUGCCUGUCUGCUUGCCAACCACUGAUCAGAGUGAGGCUGAACCUCAGCCCCAUGCUUUGGGAUUAGUAGCUGGGUGGGGCCUUUCUAAUCCAAAUGUAUCGAUGGAUGAAGCCACUAGUUCUGACUUUGGCACAGUGUCCGAUGUCUUACAGUAUGUCAAAUUGCCCGUAGUGAUGCAUACCGAAUGUAAAACCAGCUAUGAAUCACGGUCAGGCAGCUAUAACAUAACAAACAAUAUGUUCUGCGCUGGCUAUUAUGAAGGUGGAAAGGACACUUGCUUGGGAGACAGUGGGGGUGCCUUUGUCAUGGAGGACCCUCAGACUAAGAGAUGGGUGGCUCAAGGGCUAGUCUCCUGGGGUGGACCUGAGGAAUGCGGCAGUCAACGAGUUUAUGGAGUUUAUACUAAGGUUUCCAACUACAUUCGUUGGCUGGAGGAUAAGCUCCACAAGCAUUAGAGGAAGGGUAUAUUAUGAAAUUAGGUUGCCAGGUCCCAAGUAUGGACUUGGAAACUAAAUAUGAACAGCCAAAUUAGACUGGCUCUGAAAAAUAAAACCUAAGCACUCCACAGCACAAUGUACUUCAAAAAGCAGUGAACUUUUCAGCAUACUGAAACUAUAGUGCAUAGCACGCUACGGCCUGUUGAUAUCCACAUAGACACUCACUGCAUUUCAAUUUACAAUGCAGCACAAACCACUUGAAGAAUACAUGCUUAAGCCCUUAAGCCUAAUCAUUCUUUCACAUUCAUUUCCUCUCCAUUUUCUUGUUUACUUUCCCAUAUACGAAGUAUAGGGAAAGUAUUGCAAUUGUCCAAAGAUUCAAAGUCGAAAUUUUGAUCAAGCUCAACAUUUUAGAUCUCCCUGACUUUCUCGUAUACGAAGUAUAGGGAAAGUAUUGGAAUCAUCCAAACAUUCCAUUUUGAGAUUUUAAUGAAUCUCAAUGUUUUAGACCUCCCUGAGUCAGAGAAUACCAUUUUUGGAAUUAUGUCUGUGUGUCUGUCUGUGUGUGUGUUUAUAUAUAAACACAAUAAAUUGAGUAUGUUUUCAGUUAGGUCAACCAAAUUUUGCAUACAAGUGUUAGGUACAAAAUGUAGAUUUCUAUCAACUUUUGGGCUAUUUUGUUAACCGGAAGUGGUAUUUUACCUUUUAUUCAUGCAGCUUCAGAGUCCGAUUUAUUUGAUUUGUUGUUGAUGGUUCUUUAAUGUAGAUAAUGUAAAAAUAUAAUCAUUGUCUUGAGGUUUACUCCUCAAAUAUCCAUCCCCAUAUCUGAGUAUACGAGAAAGUCUAGGGGAGACCACUCCCGAUUUUUAGCUUUGCUGCUGCAGAAAGAAAACAGUUGGGCAAUCUUGUAUCAUAUAUAUUUGCACAGCUGGUCAUUUUAUCUUGCAAACAUCUUUGUCUGUCAGUUUCAAUUUCUUUUAAAAGCUGGCCUUUUUUUCUCUUAGUAUAAUUUUUAACGGGUAGAACCAUAUGCUGCUGCUGCCUCUCUGUCCCAGAUUCAUAACUAUGAGCACCCAACUAGGCGCUACCAGUAUGAAAUUUGUGUGUUCUCCCCGCAUCUAGUGUUUUAUCCAUCUACUCUGGAUUUCAUUCUAAAUUUGUCCCUUUUCAGAAAGUUCAACUUCAUGCAUGAAUAUUCAUUGCAAUGAACUUGAACCCUCUUCAGGGUUGGUUCCUGCCAAUAGCUAUUAAUAUCACGACAGGACAUGGCCACAGUGACCCAUAGAUGAUGAUAGGAUUAUUUUUAAUAUUUAAUUAACAAUUAAUUAAAUCUGCAACAUAACAUUUUCCCUUUUGCUUAUGUGUGUUUACAUAGAGUUGCUGUCAGUUAUAUUAAAAUAUAAUGCAGAAACCCUUAACACAUUGUUUGUUUUCCAAUGUCUUUUAAAAAAUAAAUACAAUGCUACUGCAGUAUACUGUAGUUAUCCAUAUACUGUCUUACUCUACUUUCCAACAUUCUGCCCUCUAUUUCACAGCUUGUACAUUCUAUUUAUUCAAAUAAAGAGGAAAGCCAGAAUUUUCACAGAAAAAUGGAAUCUACUAAAUACAGACUCAGCAACUCCUCUCCUCUUCCAUCACCAAUACUUUACUUAAUGGAUACUUUGCUUCCUUUUUUAUAAUGAGCUGUUUUUUUUCACCAGUAAAGAUACUACUAGGACUUUAAGUGAUCUUCCAUGCCUGGAGGAUAUGGUGCUAAUGUGUGUGUUAUUUGUUCAAGAAAUGGGAUUUCAAUGGCAGCAUUUUUAAUCAGUCACCUGAACAGUCCCUCAGAUAUAAUUGUUACCUGAAUAUUUUCUUAUUGUACUGUGUAAUUGCCCUAAUAUCCAAUACAGUCCUACCCAUAAGCCUAACAGGUUAUAUGUUUCAUGUUCCAGAUAUUUUUUUGUUCUUUUGUUUAGUUAUUUUUACAUCCAUCCUUAAUCCAUACCCCAUUGUCUGACCAUUUCCCAUUUUGUCUGUUUCCUUUCUGUCUAAAUAUAUUUCUUCCAACUUUAUCUUUCCAUUUACUCAACUGUACCUUUCAUACAUUUACCCUGCUAUUUUGAGGCAAUCAGCAGAUUUGGAUGUUCAGAAUGUCUUUCAGAUGUGUUAUUAUUAGCCAACUGGUGUGAUCAGCGUACACUUGACAGAGCUAUUUGAAACUUGCAUCAGUCCAUAAAAAACAGUGUAUUGGAUAUACAUAUCUGAAGCUUACUGUUAAUUGCUUUUGUCUAAUAUUUGGUUGAUGUGACCCCCACAUAAUUUUUUGCUUAUUAUUUUGCCAUUUUAUCUACUAUUUAUAUCUUGUAUGGAUUUGUUCAUGUCCACCAGGAAAUCCAAUGUUUUAUGUAUCUAAUCUAAAAUAAAACAUAUUUUUAAUAAUGCA